AUGCAACGUGCAUUUGGAUACCAAGAAGAAAUAAAUCCUAACCUUGUGGCUAUCGGAAAGGAGAUUGUGAAAAAAUGUGGUGGGGUGCCUCUAGCAGCCAAGACUCUUGGAGGUAUUUUGCGCUUCAAGAGAGAAGAAAGAGAAUGGGAACAUGUGAGAGAUAGCGAGAUUUGGAAUUUACCUCAAGAUGAAAGUUCUAUUCUGUCUGCCCUGAGACUGAGUUAUCAUCAUCUUCCACUUGAUUUGAGACAAUGCUUUGUGUAUUGUGCGGUGUUCCCAAAGGACACCGAAAUGAAAAAAGAAAAGCUAAUUGCUUUCUGGAUGGCACAUGGUUUUCUUUUAUCAAAAGGAAACAUGGAGCUAGAGGAUGUGGGUAAUGAAGUAUGGAAUGAAUUAUACUUGAGGUCUUUCUUCCAAGAGAUUGAAGUUAAAUCUGGUAAAACUUAUUUCAGUAUGCAUGAUCUCAUCCAUGAUAUGGCUACAUCUCUGUUUACAGCUUGCACAUCAGGCAGCAAUAUCCGCGAAAUAAAUGCCAAAGGUUACUCACAUAAGAUGUCCAUUGGUUUUGCUCAAGUGGUGUCUUCUUACCCUCCUUCCCCCUUGAAAAAGUUUAUCUCGUUAAGAGUGCUUAAUCUAAGUAAAUUAGAACUUAAGCAGUUACCGUCUUCCAUUGGGGAUCUAGUACAUUUAAGAUACCUGGACUUGUCUGACAAUGGUAGAAUUCGUAGUCUUCCAGAGCAGUUAUGCAAGCUUCAAAAUCUGCAGACUCUUGAUCUACAGGAUUGCCUGUCACUUUGUUGUUUGCCAAAACAAACAAGUAAACUUGUUAAUCUCCGAAAUCUUUUACUUGAUAACUAUUUAUUGAAAUCUAUGCCACCAAGGAUAGGAUCUUUGACAUGUCUUAAGACUCUAGCUUGCUUUGUAGUGGGCGAGAGGAAAGGUUAUCAACUUGGUGAACUAGGAAGCCUAAAUCUUUAUGGCUCGAUUAAAAUCUCGCAUCUUGAGAGAGUGAAGAAUGAUAAAGAUGCAAAAGAAGCCACUUUAUCUGCAAAAGAGAAUCUGCAUUCUUUAAGCAUGAGUUGGGAUGAACCAUAUAGAUAUGAAUCAGAAGAAGUCAAAGUGCUUGAAGCUCUCAAACCACACCCCAAUCUGACUUCUUUAACGAUCAGUGGCUUCAGAGGAUUCCGUUUCCCUAAUUGGAUAAAUCACUCAGUUUUGAGAAAUGUUGUCUCUAUUACAAUUAGAGGUUGUGAAAACUGCUCUUGCUUACCACCCUUUGGUGAGCUGCCUUGUCUAGAAAGUCUAAUGUUACACUGGGGGUCUGCGGAUGUGGAGUAUGUUGAAGAAGAGGAUAUUGAUGUUCAUUCUGGAUUCCCCACAAGAAUAAGGUUUCCAUCCUUGAGGAAACUUGCUAUAUGGGACUUUGGUAAUCUGAAAGGAUUGCUGAAAAAGGAAGGAGAAGAGCAAUUCCCUGUGCUUGAAGAGAUGAUAAUUCAGUGGUGCCCUGUGUUUGUUAUUCCGACCCUUUCUUCUGUCAAGAAAUUGGUAGUUCAUGGGGACAAGUCAGAUGCAAUAGGUUUCAAUUCCAUAUCUAAUCUCAGGGCUCUUACUUCCCUCUACAUUAGCAGUAACUAUGAAACUACUUCACUCCCAGAAGAGAUGUUCAAAAACCUUGCAAAUCUCAAAGACUUGACUAUCUCUGACUUCAAGAAUCUCAAAGAGCUGCCUACCUGCCUGGCUAGUCUCAAUGCUUUGAAUAGUCUGCAAAUUGAAUAUUGUGAAGCACUAGAGAGUCUCCCAGAGGAAGGGGUGAAAGGUUUAACUUCACUCACUGAGUUGUCUGGAAUACGCGAGCAAAUUUUCAUGAAAUUUGACAUACCUGUUGUCUCUUUCUUCACUUCUGGUGCUGCAAUGGAGUUUGUCGGAUGGAAAAAUCAUGGUGAGAUUCGAAUUCUUCCUGGAUUGCCUGAAACAGAGGAAUGA